AUCGUCGCAAUGAUUGUAGGGAGACCGUAGGGAGGUCUCACCAGUCGCUCGAAAGGAAGACCAGAAAGUGAAAAUAUGACCACAGCGGCAAGACCGACGUUCGAGCCGGCUAGAGGCGGGAGGGGAAAGGGGGAAGGAGACCUCAGUGCCCUGUCGAAGCAGUACUCCAGCCGAGACCUACCAGGCCACACUAAGAUUAAAUACAGACAGCCCACCCAGGAUGCCCCCGAGGAGGUGCGUGCACGGGACUUCCGCAGGGAGCUGGAGGAGAGAGAGCGGGUGGCUGUUCGGGAGAAGACCAGGGAGAGGGGGCCGAGGGAACACACCACAUCUUCCUCUUCCUCAAAGAGACCCCGCCUGGAUCAAAUUCCAGCUGCUAACCUGGAUGCAGAUGAUCCCCUCACUGAUGACGAUGAUGAGGAUGAAGACUCCGACGAGGACAGUGAUGACGACACCGCCGCCCUCCUAGCGGAGCUUGAGAAAAUCAAGAAGGAGCGUGCUGAGGAACAGGAGCGCAAGGAGAGGGAGCAGAAGGCAGAGGAGGAGCGGAUCCGCAUGGAGAACAUCCUGAGCGGGAAUCCUCUCCUCAACCUGGCGGGAGGGCCGCAGCAGCAGCAGCAGCAGCAGCAGAUGGCACAGAGCCAGGCGGCCUUCAGUGUCAAGAGGAGGUGGGACGAUGACGUAGUGUUCAAGAACUGCGCCAAGGGCGUGGACGACUCAAAGAAGGAGAAGCGGUUCGUCAAUGACACGCUGCGGUCAGAGUUUCACAAGAAAUUCAUGGAGAAAUAUGUCAAAUAAAGACUGCACCCAGAGACGGUCACCCUCUGUGUGGUCAGUCAGUGGGCAAUGUCUGUGUGAAACAGGGAUUUUUACUGAUGGUCACACCUGAGGUAAAAGAAGGCUGAUGCUUACCAUCUACCAUUCAGAUGCAUGGUAAGCUCCAGAUCUGGGUUGAGAAAUAGUUUUACGCUUAUUGGGUAGCUUAAUCCCCAAGUCAUGAUGUUUGUUCCCUGAAACAAUUUAAAAAUUUGACAGUCAUUUUCCUUCUCAUGAAACUACAUACUUAUUUUUUUACUUUGUUGAAUUUGCCACAGGUAAGCUCAAAAUGAAGUUGAUGUUCUUGUAUCAAAUAAUUUUAUCCCCUCUGAAAAACUGC